CCCAGGGAAAGAGGAGUCAUCCGUACAACCGGGACUUUCCCCCCCUUAGUGCCCCCGAAAGGAGGGGGAAAAGUCGCAAUUGUGGAGAGUGGAAGGAGCGCGGAUCUCAAGACGUGACAGCGUCUGCAGCCGCGGAGACUUUCUAUAUUUUUUUUAAUUUGGGUAAAAAAAAAAAAAAAAUAUGGCCGAGAACGUUCUGGACUCUGGCCCGCCUUCAGCCAAGAGGCCUAAACUCUCGUCUCCGGCACUUUCCGCCUCGGCUAGCGACGGAAACGAUUUCGGCUCGUUUUUUGACCUGGAGCAUGAUCUCCCAGAUGAGCUCAUCAGUUCUUCAGAGCUGGGCCUGGUCAAUGGUGGUGAUCUCAACCAGUUGCACACCAGUCUGGGAGGGGGCCCUGAUGGUUUGGGGCCUGGUGGAGCAGGAGGAGGAAUGGCCAUGGGCUUGGGCCCUGGAGGGGGUCCUGGGGGUGGGGGUGGCGGCGGGGGCCAAGAUGCGGUGGCCAAGCACAAGCAGCUGUCUGAGCUCCUACGUUCUGGCGCACCACCCACCUCUGCUCAACAGGGGCAUCAAGGGGCUAUGGGAAGCCCAGGGGGGCCCACCGCCAUGGGGCAACACUUGGGGAAUAUGAAGGCGUCCCCUGGCCAGGGGCCCCAGCAGGUAAUGGGCCAGGGGCCGCAGCAGCACCUGUCAUCCCAGCAGCAAGCCAACAUGAUACAGCAGCAACAGAAUGCAGCAGCUGGGAUGGUGGGUGGCAUCAACAGGGGUAUGAUCGGAGCCCAACAGAAGGGCAACAAUCCACAGCAGCAGCCUGGGAUGAUGGGGGGCCAAGUCAUGAACGGCUCCCCCAGGAUGGGCUUCGGAAACCAGGGGAUGAGUGGCGGCAGCAACCUCCUAGCUGAGACCCUGCAGCAGCAGCCAGGAGCUGGGGGACAGGCUGGAAUGAGAGGCCAGCAGCCUGGAGCAUUAAACAAAAUGGGUGUGAUGGGGACCUCUGGCGGCCCAUACGGAGGUCAGUUUGCAGGGCAGGGGAACCAGGGGCUGGGAGGCACAGGAAUCGGACCACAGCUCCAGACCAAAGGUCCCAUGGCUAACAGCCUGGCCCAGUUCAACAUGGACAAGAAGAACCAGCCCAUGCAGGGAAUGGCAGCCAUGGCCUCCCAGCAGCCACAACCAGGAGUCAGUGGCCCCUCUGGUCCUUCUGUGCCAGGAGGUGCUCCAGGGAUGGUCCCUAACUCCCAGGGGGGCCUGGUGGGUCCCGGAGCCCAGGUAUCUGCAGCCGCCGGGGCACCUCCCACCGCCGACCCCGAGAAACGCAAGCUGAUCCAACAGCAGCUGGUGCUCCUGCUCCAUGCACACAAGUGCCAGCGGCGGGAGCAGGCAAAUGGGGAGGUGAGGCAGUGCAACCUGCCCCACUGUCGCACCAUGAAGAAUGUCCUCAAUCACAUGACCCACUGCCAGGCCGGCAAGUCCUGCCAGGUCGCCCACUGCGCGUCGUCCAGGCAGAUCAUCUCACACUGGAAGAACUGCACGCGACACGACUGCCCCGUCUGCCUGCCGCUUAAGAACGCAGGGGACAAGAGGAACCCGCAGACUCUACUGGGUAGUGCUGGUUCAGCUCUUGGAAGUUCUAUUGGUGCAGUCCCGGGUGGGCAACCAAGUGCUCCCAAUCUCAACCCACCCAGUCAAAUUGACCCCAGCUCCAUUGAGAGGGCCUACGCCGCCUUGGGCCUCACCUACCAGGCGAACCAGAUCCAGACCCCGACCGCCCAGCCCAACAUGCCCAACCAGGGCAUGCAAGGCCAGCCUGGCAUGAGGCCUCUUAACCCUAUGGGUUCCGCUCCCAUGGGAGUCAAUGGAGGUGUUGGGGUGCCCCCUCAGAACCAGCAGCCCAACCUGCUGCAGGACACCAUUAUGCACCUCAACGUGAACAGUCAGGGUCUGAUGAAUGAUGCCGGUGGUGUGGGCUCCAUGCCCACAGCUACCCCUCCCUCUGCCACGGGCAUGAGGAAGAACUGGCAUGAAGAUAUAACGCAGGACCUGCGAAACCACCUGGUGCACAAACUUGUUCAGGCCAUCUUUCCCACCCCUGACCCUGCUGCCCUGAAGGACCGUCGGAUGGAGAACUUGGUAGCGUAUGCCAGGAAGGUGGAGGGAGACAUGUAUGAAUCUGCCAACAGCAGGGCGGAGUACUACCACCUGCUAGCAGAGAAGAUCUACAAAAUCCAGAAAGAGCUGGAAGAGAAGAGGAGGACCAGACUCCAGAAGCAGGGCCUGGGGCUGGGGCCCCCCAGCAUGGGUCAGCCUCCUGUUGGACUGCCUCCUAAUGGGCCCCUCCCUGACCCGUCAAUAGUGCGACCAGCAGGACCCAGUCAGAUGGUCAACAGGAUGCAGGGCCCAGGUAUGAACCAGUUCAGUCAGAUGGGGUUGCAGUCCAUAGGCCAGAGGUCUACGCCUCCUCUUCCCAUGGGAGCACCAAGCAACCAGAUGGGUAUGGUUGGAGCUAGAAUGGGCCAACCCAACCUCAACCAGAUGCAGAACCAGUUCCUGUCCCAGGCACAGUUCUCCGGCUCGGGACCAGGGGUGGGCACGGCACAGCCCGGCAUGAACCAGUCUGGAGCACAGGGAGGCAUGGCACAGACACAGAUGGGUACUCCUCCCUCGCUGCCUGUAGCCAGCCCUCUAGCCCAGCCUGGCUCAGCCAGUGGGCCCAGUGGAGUCUCCUCAGUGGGGCCAAUGGGCCCCCAGAGCGUGGGUGGAGCAGGUCCGAACUCUGCUGUUGGAGGCCCCACAUCAACCAUGACCCCAUCCAGUACCAACCAACAGCCCAACUCCAUCCCUCACCUGGCAGCCAUGCGCGGCAGUUCGCCAUCCCCAGCCCGCAGCCGAACCCCUACCCCCCACCAGACACCCCCCAGGCUAGCUGGGUCCCAGACCCCGCAGCCACACACCCCCAACCCACCCCAGCUGGCUCCCCCUCCAGCCCCCCAGCAAAACCAGCUGGGCCAGGGCCCAGGCUCCAACAAGCCUCACCAGCAGCAGCACAUCGGGGCAGCUGGCUCUUCCACCCCCUCCCACCCUGGGCUGGCCUCCAACUCCACACCGCAUGGUGCACAGCUGCCACGCACUCCGUUGUCCCAGAAGGGUUCAUUCACGGCUGACAGUCAGGCCCUGACUCCAGCCUCUGUCAGCAGCCUGGACACAAACUCCCAGCAUUUCCAGUCGGAAACUUCUGCCAACCUUGAGCCCAAGAUGGAGGUCAAACAGCCAGACGAUGAAGAGGACAGUGAGACAGGCGGCUGCUCCAAAGGUGGGAAACUUGGCAGCCUCAAGUUGGAGGAGAAGCUGGUGAAAGUGGAGCCGAAGAGUGAGGAGUGUUCAGGAGAGGGCGGUAAAGGCAUUCCGAUGGACACGUCGUCCAUAAUGACAAGUGUGAAGACGGAGGACGUGAAGCCAGAGGUGAAGAAAGAUGUAAAAGAGGAGGAGGAGUCGUCGGAGACCACAGGACCUCAGGCUCCGGUUAAAAAGAAGAUCUUCAAGCCAGAGGAGCUCCGCCAGGCCCUGAUGCCCACUCUGGAGUCUCUCUACAGACAAGAUCCAGAGUCUCUGCCCUUCAGGAUGCCUGUAGAUCCACAGCUUCUCUGCAUACCUGAUUACUUCGACAUUGUGAAGAACCCCAUGGACUUGUCAACAAUCAAGCGCAAGCUAGACACGGGCCAGUACCAGGAGCCCUGGCAGUACGUUGAUGACAUCUGGCUGAUGUUCAACAACGCCUGGCUGUACAACCGUAAAACGUCCCGCGUCUACAAGUAUUGCUCCAAGCUGGCUGAGGUCUUUGAGCAAGAGAUUGACCCCGUCAUGCAGAGCCUGGGCUACUGCUGUGGUAGGAAGUUGGAGUUCUCCCCUCAGACGCUGUGCUGCUAUGGAAAGCAGCUGUGUACUAUACCUCGAGAUGCUGCAUACUUCAGCUAUCAGAACAGGUACCACUUCUGCGAGAAGUGUUUCAACGAGAUCCAGGGAGAGAUGGUUUCUCUGGGCGAUGACCCCACACAGCCACAGACGUCUAUUAACAAGGAUCAGUUUGAGAAGAAGAAGAAUGACACACUGGACCCUGAACUGCUUGUGGAAUGUAUGGACUGCGGACGUCGAAUGCAUCAGAUCUGUGUUUUACACAACGAAACGAUCUGGCCACUAGGUUUUGUAUGUGAUGGCUGCUUGAAGAAGACGAAUAAGACGAGAAAAGAGAACAAGUAUGCUGCCAAAAGGUUGCCCCAGACAAAGCUGGGUUGUUUCCUGGAGGGGAGGGUGAAUGACUUCCUGAAGCGGCAGGGCCACCCUGAGUCAGGGGAAGUUUUCAUCCGAGUGGUCCAUGUCUCUGACAAAGUGGUGGAAGUCAAACCAGGCAUGAAGUCCAGGUUUGUGGACAACGGUGAGAUGGCAGAGUCUUUCCCAUACAGAACCAAAGCACUGUUUGCAUUUGAGGAUAUCGAUGGAGCGGAUGUUUGUUUCUUCGGCAUGCAUGUCCAGGAGUAUGGCUCUGACUGCCCUCCCCCCAACCAGAGGCGAGUGUACAUCUCCUAUCUGGAUAGUGUGCACUUCUUCCGGCCUCGCUCUCUGAGAACAGGAGUCUACCACGAGAUCCUCAUUGGCUACCUGGAGUAUGUCAAGAAGUUAGGCUACACUACAGGUCAUAUCUGGGCCUGUCCACCCAGCGAGGGGGAUGACUACAUAUUCCACUGUCACCCUGUGGACCAAAAGAUUCCCAAGCCCAAACGCCUACAGGAGUGGUACAAGAAGAUGCUGGACAAGGCUGUGGCAGAGAGGAUAGUGCAUGACUACAAGGAUAUUUUCAAGCAGGCGACAGAGGACCGUCUGACCAGCGCCAAAGAGUUGCCUUACUUUGAAGGUGACUUCUGGCCCAAUGUACUGGAAGAGAGUAUCAAAGAGCUAGAGCAGGAGGAGGAGGAGAGAAAACGAGAAGAGAACAGCACUUCUAAUGAAAGUAUCGAUGCUACGAAAGGUGACAGUAAAAAUGCCAAGAAAAAGAAUAACAAGAAGACGAGUAAGAACAAGAGCAGCCUUAGCCGGGCCAAUAAGAAGAAGCCAGGGAUGCCCAAUGUCUCCAAUGAUCUUUCCCAGAAACUCUACGCCACAAUGGAGAAACACAAAGAGGUGUUCUUUGUGAUCCGGUUGAUUGCAGGCCCCAUGGCCAACUCUCUUCCCCCCAUCACGGACCCAGAUCCACUGAUGGCUUGCGACCUGAUGGAUGGCCGCGAUGCUUUCCUGACAAUAGCUCGCGACAAACAUCUGGAGUUCAGCUCCUUGAGGAGGUCCAAGUGGAGCUCAAUGUGUAUGUUGGUGGAGCUCCACAACCAGAGCCAGGAUCGCUUUGUCUACACCUGCAAUGAGUGCAAACACCACGUGGAGACACGGUUCCACUGCACAGUCUGUGAGGACUACGACCUGUGCAUCACCUGCUACAAUUCUAAGGGCCAUGAGCACAAGAUGGAGAAGCUGGGCCUCGGUUUGGACGACGAGAGCAGCAACCAAACGGCUGCGGCCACACAAAGUCCUGGAGACUCCCGCCGGCUGAGCAUACAGCGCUGCAUCCAGUCUCUGGUGCAUGCGUGCCAGUGCCGCAACGCCAACUGCUCCUUGCCCUCUUGCCAGAAGAUGAAGAGGGUGGUGCAGCACACCAAGGGCUGCAAGAGAAAGACCAACGGUGGCUGUCCCAUUUGCAAGCAACUCAUCGCCCUGUGCUGCUAUCAUGCCAAGCACUGCCAGGAGAACAAGUGCCCCGUCCCGUUCUGCCUCAACAUCAAGCACAAACUCCGGCAGCAGCAGUUGCAGCACAGGCUCCAGCAGGCCCAAAUGCUGAGAAGGAGGAUGGCCAGCAUGCAGAGGGUAGGUCAGCCUCCCCUUGGUGGAGCGCCUGGAGGGAAUGGGGGCUUACCUUCACCAGGAGCCAAUAACAACAACGGCGCCACUGGUCCCAGCACCCCUACAUCUGUAGGCACACAGCCCCCCACCCCUCAGACCCCGACCCAAGGGAGCAUGCCUGCGCUCCCCCAGCAACAGGGGGUUGGGAUUGGCGGAAUGGGCGGCAUGGGGACACCUGGACAGCAGCAGCUACAGCAGCCAGCCGGUGCCAUGCCUCCUCAGCACCACCUCCAUCACCAGUUUCAGACAAUGGGUGGAGGAGCCGGAGGUGGAGGCGGGAUGAUGAGCUCUCCCCAGCCCCCCAAUGUUCAGCAGCACCCGGGUGGUCUGCCCCCGUACAACCCCAGACCACCAGGAGCCUCUCCGCUUCAUCAGUCCAUGGGGAAACCAGGGCUAGGUGCGACCACCCCUCCCCAGCAACAGCAACAGCAGCCCACCCCAGGACAGGGAUCCCUCCCUGUGCAGGGUCAGCAACAAGGUCCUCCGCUAGCUGCAGUGGAGACGGCCCUGAAGAUCCAACGUCUAGCAGAGACCCAGAGACAAAUGGCUCAGGCUCAGGCCCAGGCCCAGAUCCUGCAGAGACAGGCUCAGGGUCAGGGGGGCGUGAUGCCUCCACACCCUCACCACCAGAAUCCCCAGGCUCAGAUGGGCAUGCCUCACCCUGGGGCUGGGAUGGUAGGGGCCCAGGGCAUGCCACCCCAGGCUCAGGGAGUAGCUGGCAGGACUAUGUUAGACCCACAGCAGCAAGGAAUGCUUGCAGGGAUGCAGCAAGGAGGUGCUCAAUCCCAGCUGCCCCCUCAAGUCCAACAGCAGCUCCAGCAGGUCCAGCAGGGAGGUGGCGGGCAGAUUCAGUCUCCAAGCCAGCAGUGGGGUGCGGGUGGGCCAGCCAUGAACACACAGCAGAGGCCAGGUAUGAUGGGUCACAUGACUCCACAGCAGCAGCAAGCAGUUGCCCAGCAACAACAGCAACAGCUGCCCCAGCAACAGCAGUCACAAGCUGCCAACCGUGGGUUGAUGCAGCUUAUGGGCGGUCCAGGGGGUAUCGUGGGGGCUGCUACUGCAAUGGCUGGGGCAGCUGGAUCAGGAAGUCUCCCUCAGGCGGCGCUACAAGAACUCCUUCGAACCCUCCGCUCCCCAAGCUCCCCCCUCCAGCAGCAGCAAGUCCUGAACAUCCUCCGCUCCAACCCCCUGCUCAUGGCAGCUUUCAUCAAGCAGAGAACAGCCAGGUACCAAGGAGCUCAGGGUGCCGCUGGAGGAACAGGAGUGCCACCGCAGGGUGGUCCUGGAGGUGUGAGGUUUCAGGGGGCGGCAGUCGGGCUUCCAGGGGCAGGAGGAGCUGGGGGGCCGGGUGGUAACCCGCUGGCCAACAUAGAUGGACAACAACAAGUUAACGUGACCCAAAGCGCCCAGCCAGGGAUGAACAUGGCUCAGGGUGUAGGAGGGGCAGGCAACAUGCCCACCAUGGCUCAGCUUCAGCAGCUACAGCAACAACAGCAGCAGCGCCCGAUGUUGCCUGGGAACCUGCAACAACAGCAGCAGCAAAUGGCUGCACUACAGCAGCAGCAGCAAGGUGCAAUGCAACCAGGCCAACAGAGCAACAUGUCCAAUAUGAAUCCACAGUUCAGAGAGCUAAUGAGACGACACUUGCAACAGCAGCAGAUGGGGAACCAUGGACAGUUCCAGCAGCCUCAGGGUCUUCAGCAGCAAGGCCAGCAGGCGUUCAUGCAGCCAGGGCAAGGGCAGCAGGGGAUACCCCCAUCAUCUCAGCCCCAGCCUGUUGGAGGAGGAGGAGUAGGAGUUCCCCAGCAACAACAAGGAGUUCCCCAGGGUGCACCAGGACAGACAGCACAGCAGCCAGGCUACCCAGGCUCCAUGUCCCACCAGCAGGUGGCUGCAGCUCUUCAGCAAAGGCUACAACAUCAGAUACAAAUGCAGCAGCAGCAGCAGAAUUCAAUGGGUGGGCUCCAAGGACAGGACGGGGGGAACGCUGCAGGAGCAGGAGGACCUCAGCUCCAGCCUGGACAAGGAGGACCAGGUCAGGGCCAACCCCAGCAGGGGGGAGUUGGCAGCGGGGGUGGAGGUUCCCAGCAGACACAGAGUUCCCAAGCUAUACUUCACCAGGCCAUCCAACAAAGGCUCCUGCAGCAGCAGCACCUGGGUGGGGGGUCUCCAGCCCAGCACAGCAGUCCCAUGAGUCCUCAGCAACAGUUGGCCCAGUCCCCUCACCCUCAUCUACAGGGGCAGGGAGGUCUAGGUCCUGCUGGGUCGCUCAGCAGCCAGGUCAGAUCUCCUCAGCCCUCCCCACGGCCCCAGUCCCAGCCUCCUCACUCGAGUCCCUCCCCACGCAUGCAGCCCACCUCCCAGCCCCAGCCGUCCCCCCACCGCAUCUCCCCACAGACCCAGACCGGCUCACCUCAUCCUGGCCAUCUUGGUCAGCAGCAUCACCCUGGUAUGGCACCGCCGCCUCAACCCCAACAGCAGCCGCCAUCGCAGCAGCAGCAGGGUAACCCAGUGGAAUCAGGUCAGUUUGGGUCGGACCAGAAUGCCAUCAUGUCCCAGCUGAGUGGGAUAACUGGGAUGCAUGGGGGGCAGGGAGGCCAGUCGGACAUGUUGGGAGGGAAUACCAACAACAGCAGCAAUGGCAACAACAAAAAUAACCAGGAAAUAGGAACAAAUAUGAACCACAACAGCUUAGACCUAAUGUAGCCUAGAGUCCAUCCUGUCACGUCGCGCUCUCUCUCUCUCUCUCUCUCUCUCUCGCUCUCUGUUUCUCGCUCUAUGUCUCGAUGAUGAUGAUGAACUGUUUUGAAACAGAACAACGGGAAAUAAUGGCUUUCGGGCUUUUAGAAGCUUUUAUUUUUUAUUUAAAUAUUUUUCUGAUGUACAAAUGAGAAGAACUGAACCUUCCUUCCUAUGGGAGCUGCAACAUAAAUCUUAGAAGUCAAUAAAUGAAUAAAUUAAAAUGAUGGUAACUUAUUGCUGUUAAUAUAUAUCUAUAUAUUUUUGCCAAUUGUGUACAAAAAGUUGGACGGGGAGGUAUUUUGGGUCGGAGUUGUUUCUUCCUUGGUCUACGACACGUGAUAUUUUUGAGGACUGAGAGUUUUGCCUUUUUUAUGAAUAUUUUUAAGAUUUUAAAUGUGGCGAAAAAUUAAAGUGAGUUGUUAUGAUGUACCUUUUCCUCGUUUUGGUUUCCUCCUCCAGUACCCAGUCAUGAUUGUAUCUGUUUAGCAGAGAGGGGUUUUUUUUUAUUUCCUAUGAUAUAAUCCUCGCGGUUUGUUUUGUUUUGUUUUUGACUCGAAACCAACGAUGACAUAUCCUACUUUACCGGGAAGCUUUUCUCUUGGGCGACCGCAACAAUUCAUCUGCACAGAAGAUCUAUUUUUGUUAAUUACUGUACAGAAGUCAAUCAGAUGGAGAUGAAGAUGACUGUUUUUUAUGGGUUUUUGGAGAUCAGAGUUGAACCUCCACAGUGUUGGCGGAGUACAGGAGGGGAAUACGGUGGCUCCGGUCGGAUUCUGGUGGGGGGGGGGGAGAAAAAAAAGACUGAAAUCCUGGAGCAACUUCUCCGCCUGCCUUUCAUCCCCUUUGGGUUCUUUUUCCCUUCUCCUUUCUAUGAAUGUUCACUCCCAUCAUUUUCCCCCCGCACCACCUCACCCCAACACUGACACUCCACAGCAGAGACGGGCGGAGUCUGGCCGGGUGGAUGCUGAUGGCAGCGGUGCGCCUCCUCCGUCUCGAGCGUUCCCGUUUUGAAGUCUUUUGUAUAUA